AUUACUACUCCAUUCUUGCUUAGCUCAAGAGUGUCGCAACAGCUUGUGGACACAAACAUGCCAACCAUGCCGGCCGUCGUGUCCGCCGCCGGCGCCGCCGCGCCGUGCUCCAACGUCGUCGAGGACCUCGUCGGCUUCCUCCGCGUCCUCAGCGACGGCACCAUCCUCCGGUCGCCGGGGCCGGUGUUCUGCCCUUCCACCUUCCCCGACGAGCACCCCUCCGUGGAAUGGAAGGAGGCCGUCUACGACAAGCCCAAGAACCUCCAUGUCCGCAUGUACAAGCCGUCGCCGGCGAGCGGCGGCGUCGGCGCCGGCGGUGGCGGGAAGCUACCGGUGCUCGUCUACUUCCACGGCGGCGGGUUCUGCCUCGGCUCGUGCACGUGGGCCAACGUCCACUCCUUCUGCCUCCGCCUCGCCGCGGACGCCGGCGCCGUCGUGCUCUCCGCCGGGUACCGCCUCGCCCCCGAGCACCGCCUCCCCGCCGCGGUCGACGACGCGGCGGGCUUCCUCCACUGGCUCCGGGAACGCGCCGUCGACGGCGACGGCGACGGCGACGGAUGGUGGCUCGCCGAGGCCGCCGACUUCGGCCGCGUGUUCGUCACCGGGGACUCGGCCGGCGGCACCAUAGCGCACCACCUCGCCGUGCGCGCCGGCUCGGCGGCGGCGGCGGCGCCCGACGACCCGGUCGCGAUCCGAGGCUACGUCCUGCUAAUGCCGUUCUUCGGCGGCGUCAGCCGGACGCCGUCGGAGGCGGGGUGCCCGGCGGAGGUGUUCCUCAACCUGGACCUGUUCGACCGGUUCUGGCGGCUGUCGCUGCCGCCGGGCGCCACGAGGGACCACCCGAUGGCGAACCCGUUCGGCCCGGACAGCCCCGCCAUGGACGGCGUCGAGCUCCCCCCGGUCCUCGUCGUCGCCGGCGGCCUCGACAUGCUGCGCGACCGCGCCGUCGACUACGCCGAGCGGCUGUCCGCCAUGGGCAAGCCGGUGGAGCUCGCCGAGUUCGCCGGCGAGCACCACGGGUUCUUCACGCUCGGCCCCGGCUCCGACGCCGCCGGCGAGCUGAUCGCCGCCGUGGCGCGCUUCGUCGACGUGGCAGCGCCGCCACCGAAGUAGGGUAGUGCAUCGAGAUUCGUGCAGUCCAUGUUUUUUUUUCACUCUCCUUUUGGUCGAGGGCGACAUGUGCAGGAGAGACGGGUGUUUGUCACGUGUCAAUGAUGUGAUGUGAUGUGUGUUGUCAUGAGACAUCAGCGGAGUAAAAUGAACCGGAUGUCCAAGUGUGAUUUGCAUGCAGUAUCUUUGCUUUUAGCCAGUCCUGUAAAAUAUCGGUGAUUUAUAUCUUUGCCAAAAAAAAUUUUGGGUAAAUUUGGAUGUUUGGGUUUUUAAGUACAGUACUGUACGUAGAAUGUAAAAUACUAGGGUGCCAGAUUGUAAGGGUAUUAUGUAAGGCAGUAGAACCAAAGAUGUUGUGAACUCUA